CCCGGCGUGGGCUCCGCGCCCCCCGCGUGCGUGUGCAUGCGCGAGUGUGCGCGGGUGUCGGGGUGCGCGUGUGUGUGAGCGCCCCCUGCGGCUCCCUUGCGCCAGCCCUGGCCAACUUGUCCCCGCCAACUCCGUGUUCCCACCCGGGUGCGGCGACCCGGGGCAGCGAAGUCCCCAGUCCCCGUGGCGUUCCGAGGACAGCGGCGGGCCCCGUGCCCUGUGCGCUCGGAGGCGCGCGCGGCAAAGUUUGUCCCGAGCCCCGAGGGGAGACGGCCUGGGGGACCUGCGCUCUCACCGCGAGGCGCCCCGGGGUGCCGCGGAGCCCGACUCCGCAUUCCUGGCCGUGGGUGCGGGCCCGUGCCCCGCCUCCCGGCCCCGGCGAUUUGUUUGGGGAAAGUGAUGACAGGAGCUAGUGGCUGGGAAUUGGCGCCCGGGGCCCGCCCCGGCAGGGAGGGGAGCCCGCGGGGCUGUCGGUGAGCGCGGCACCUACCCGAGCCCCGAAGCCUGAUCUGGGCUCCAGGCGCCGGGCGGGGCGCAGGGCGCGGGAGCUGCUGUGACCGCCGCGAUGAGAGAGCAGCCCUUAUUUGCCUGGCUGUGAUCCUCGAGGCUUGGCGGUUGUGGAAUGCAAACGCCAGGACGUGAUGGAAGCAGGAGUUGAAGACCCUUCCAGGAUGCCGGAGGAAGGUUCUCCGCGGCAGCGGCUGCAGAACAAUCCUGUCCCAGACUUUCCUCACCUGCUCAAUGCUGAUGGGCAGUACCUCUUCUGCCAGUACUGGAAGCCCAGCAGGCCUCCCAAGGCCCUGGUCUUCGUGUCGCACGGUGCGGGGGAGCACUGUGGCCGCUAUGAUGACCUGGCUCGCAUGCUGAUGGAGCUAGACCUGCUGGCUUUUGCCCACGACCACGUUGGCCAUGGUCGGAGUGAUGGGGAGAGGUUGGUGGUGUCUGACUUCCAGAUCUUUGUCAGGGACGUGCUGCAUCAUGUGGACACCAUGCAGAAGGACUAUCCCGGCCUGCCAGUCUUCCUGCUGGGCCACUCUAUGGGCGGAGCCAUCGCCAUCCUCGCAGCUGCCGAGAGGCCCGGCCACUUCGCCGGCAUGGCCCUCAUUGCACCUCUGGUCCUCCCCAGUCCAGAAUCUGCAACCACUUUCAAGGUCCUCGCUGCGAAAGUGCUCAACCUGGUCCUGCCCAACCUGUCCCUGGGCGCAGUCGACUUCAACAUACUGUCUCGGAACAGGGAGGAGGUUGAGAAUUACAACUCGGACCCUCUUGUCUACCAUGGAGGGUUGAAAGUGUCCUUUUGCACCCAGCUGCUGAAUGCCGUGUCGAGGGUGGAGCGGGGGAUGCCCAAGCUGACCCUGCCCUUCCUGCUGCUCCAGGGCUCCGAUGACCACCUGUGUGACAACAAAGGGGCCUACUUGCUCAUGGAUGGGGCCAAGAGCCAGGACAAGACACUCAAGGUUUACGAAGGCGCCUACCACAUGCUUCACAAGGAGCUGCCCGAAGUGACCAAUUCCGUCUUCCAUGAGAUAAACAUGUGGUUCUCUCAAAGGACAGCUGAAACAGGAGCCAGGUGCCCGCCCUGAGCCGGGGCUGGGCGACCCUCACGCCUGGGGCCUGGGCCGAGGGAAGCAGGAGACAGAGGAGGGUGGAGCCAAACAGGAAAUCGGGAAUCAGAGUCCCUAACACAAUUUACUUUAAACAAAAAAGAGACAUUCUUGUCAUAUAUAAUGCUAGCAGCCACUGGAUCUACCUUGAGGGGUGGACACUUCGACACUUUAUACGGGAGGAGGAGGAGAGGAAGAGGGAGAGGAGAGAGGUACGAGCAUUUCUCCAUGGAGGGAACGUGGUGCGAUGUCCUUUAAAAAGCGCACACAGCCUUAGCCCGCCUCUCCCAGUCCCACAGGUGCCCAGGACCCUGUGUCCAGGAUGCCAGCCUGCAAUAAUGAGAAGAACCUCCACCUGCCCCUACUGCGCUCCGCCCCAGUGCCCCCUCUGACUGGCCAUGGCCUGUGGCCUUGCUCUGGCAGGUGAUGAGGUGGCCUGUGUCCCCACCAAGGUCGCCCGUGACCCUGUCAGCCCCAGGGUGGUUGUGGCCAGGCUGCAGGGAGUGCUCACCCAUGAGAGAGCGCUGGGCCUGGAGCCUUCCCUCGGCCCCAGGGCUGCUGCUUCCUGGUGCUGUGAGAUGAGAGGGAACGAAGCGAGACUGUCUGAUACCCACGAAUGUCCUCACCAGUUUGGCUGGGAGGGCCUUGGAGCUGAGCAGCAGCCUAGGGGUGGAGGACCUGGUCCAGCCUGGCCUUCCCUUCCCUUUUCCUUCCCUUAGGGGCCCAGUACUGCCUGGAGUCACCGUUCUGGCCCCACAGCUACCUCUGGUGGCAGCAGGAGGGAAGUGGCCCAGCAUGCUAGGCCACCCAGCCAGGGCAGAGACCAGUGAGCCACCCUUUCCAGAUAAGGCCCAAGCCUGGCCACCCUCUCAGGUGCCAACCCCAGCCUGGCCCUGCCCCUGGCCUCACUUAGCGCCAGCAAUAAGAGGGGACCCGGCCCACCUGCCCUGGGCACCCUCACUUCGGCAGUCCUCUGUGAGGCUACCGAAACUCACCGGGCCCCUCCCCAUCCCUGGAGUGACAGUCCCAAGUGGGCCACCCUGUUGUAGGCAGUGAUCGUCACCUGCCUGGGCUGUGGGUGUGCCCUGCCCUGGGAGGGUCCACCUGCUCCAUCAGACCCAGCCGCUGGCAGCCUAGUGAUAGUUUCUGCCAUCUGUAGCCUGCCAGGCACCCCAGGCUCUGGUCUGUGACUCACCCAGGGCUCACUGUCCCCAGGCCUGGAUACUGUGGCCUGCUCCAGAGGCGUGACAGCAGUGUCCCUUCCCAAAGGGACGAGGCUGUGUAAUGACCACAGUCCAGAGAUGCAUGAACUGAAGGGAUGUCACUCCUGAAGUCCAAGAGUGAGGGGGAUUUGCUUAUGUGGGCUCUGGUCAGAUGCACAUGCUUAGCUCCUGUGUGUCUGGCUACAGAAUCAUUAAUGUGAUGGGGGAUGCAAAAUUGGGACCGUCAAGGGGACGAGACGUGGACAUGCCACAUCCAUGGCCAACUUGACCCCUGCCUGACUCGCCCCUUGGAGCCCUCUGGAGCCCAGUGUCCCGCCUGUCUUUGGGAGGCUGGCCGGCCUUGACUCUGCCCAGCCAAGCCAGGCCAUUGCAGGGAGCGAGGGGUCCGGUGACCAGGCAAUGGAAGGCGGAGGCCAGAAGAGGCAGUGGGACCCGGGCUGGACCCUGGGCCCUGGCACCAGUGUGGAUGCUGCUCCUUCCCCUCAGCACAGAGGCAAUGUGAGUCCUCUUUGGAAACGGGUUCCAGAUCUGACAAUCUUUUUAGGAAAAGAGGCCUCCCACAGGUAGCGGGGGUCACAGCUCCCAGGUUCCAGGGCCUCGGCACCAUGGGCUCCAGGGUGCGUGGCGUACGGCUCAUACUUUUCUUUCUCUCGCCCAUGCUAACAUGAACCUACUAAGAUCACAAUGAUUUUCCAAGCAAUUCACCAAUCUUAUUGUCACUACAGCUCGGCCACAGCCCUACACAUAUGCUAUUUGUGGGGAAUGCGUGUAUCAGCUUAGACCUAUUAAAGGAAUCAGUGUACGCCACAGCUAAUCCUAAUAAACCAGAUGUUUUUGGAGUGA